AGAUUAAACAAAUCCAAAAUAAAAAUACCAUUAAGAUAAAUUAAGGAUUUAGUCAUGGAAAAUCUAGACGCCACUAUAGAUAACAUGGAAAACAGUCGAUUUGCAGCCCUUUAUGGGAGUUUGAUUAAGGAGUUGGCCGCAACUUCUGAGAUGUCCCAGACGGACAUCACUUGUUUGCUCGUCGUUUAUUACAAGUUCUCCAAGGCCAACGGACCUCAGUGUAAGAAGAUGACCAAGAAGCAGUUCUACCAGAUCUUCUUGGUGCUAUUUAAUGUGGCAAAUGUCCAGGUAAUUGAACGCACUCUGCUGGCCAUUACCAAGGACACGAAAUAUGUAAGUCCCCAGGCUUGGAUUCAGCUCUUUACUCUCUACACAACCAAGGACAUCCAUGUACGAAUGAAAUUUGCUUUCGAGGUGUAUGACACCAAAGGAACUGGCGUUAUUGAUCGAGAGCAAGUCGGUGUUGCUUGCGAAAAAUUCUUUUACGGUGAAGACGAAGAUGAGAUUAACGAACUUAAAGCGGACAUGACUGAGUUUCUUAUGAAGAAGUUUGAUCUAGACAAGGACGGUGUUAUUUCCUAUGAGGACUAUUCUACUGUCGUCGAGCAGCAGCCAAUUUUAGUCGAGUUCUUGGGCUGGUUAUUUCCGUCGAAGGAAGAUAAGGAUCUUAUGGCCCAUUGCAUUAACCUACAAUUGAAUCAAAAUUAA